UUACCGGCAUUUCAUUUCCGUUUGAUUAAGUAGGUCAACACUUGAUAACGCUGGCGUCGGAGACAUAUUAACGCAUCGCUAGACAACGGUUGUUUCCUUCACAUUGAGACGAGACGAAAAGUUUCAGAAACCAUGGGUGUUGAGAAAGAAGUUAAAGCUGCUGGAGACGGAAGGAGAUUUCCCCAAGCAGGACAGACUGUGGUGGUACACUAUACAGGGACAUUGACGAAUGGAAAGAAAUUUGAUUCUUCAAGAGACAGGGGGAAGCCUUUUGAAUUUAAAAUUGGAAUGAGCCAGGUCAUCAAAGGCUGGGAUGAAGGAGUCAUGACGAUGAGUGUUGGUGAGAAAGCAAUCCUAACAUGCUCACCAGAUUAUGCCUAUGGCGCCAGUGGAGUGGGGGGAGUUAUACCUCCCAAUGCAACUUUAGUCUUUGAUGUGGAACUCCUAGGCCUGAAGUAAAGGCUGUGUUUAGUGGCCUUUCAUCGACUAUGUACCUCCACUUAUCAAGUGCUUGUAUACUCAAUGUAGUACUGUAAUUUCAACUGAAACAUGAUUUGGGCAUUUCAUAUCUGAAGUCUUUCUUCAAGCCAACUAAUGGAAACAGUGGUUAUACAAAAAACAAGAAAGUGUUCAUUAUAAUUCAAUUCAUUUCAUGUUUUUGACACCUUUUUCUGUGUUUUUUUAAAUUCUUUACAAUAAGCUCUUGUAUCAAAACUUUAAAAAAUUUUUUAUAUAAAAAUGAUUUUCUUUUUCUUAAUGUGUUGUACAAAUAAAAAUGGGAAAUUUUUA